AUGGAAGAUACACAACCACAAGAAACUAUUAAUCGCCAUGAUCGAGAUCAACAGCGGACACUCCCAGUAAAGACAAUCGGUAAUUUUACUUUACAGCAAAGUAUUGGUAAAGGUAGCAUGGGUAAAGUCAAACUUGCCACCCAUAAUGUCACAGGUGAAAAAAUUGCUGUAAAAAUUGUCCCCAGGGCCAAUAUGCAAUUAACAAACCAAUCCAAUGGAAAAUCAACCAACCAGAUAGCUAAGGAAAAAGCGAGAGAAGAAAAUCGUGAAGUCAGAACAAUUCGAGAAGCUCAUAUCAUGAUGUUACUAAAGCACCCAAACAUUAUUGGAAUGAAAGAUAUUGUCACACAAGGUCCAUAUUUUUAUAUUCUGAUGGACUAUGUGGGAGGUGGCCAACUUCUUCAUUAUAUUGUGAAACGACAGCGCCUUUCAGAUAGGAGAACCAGACAGUUUUCUCGGCAGAUUGUGAGUGCAUUAGAUUAUUUGCAUAGAAAUUCCAUUGUCCAUAGAGACUUGAAGAUUGAGAACAUCAUGAUUGAUAAAUCAGGAAGAAAUAUCAAACUCAUCGAUUUCGGUCUAUCAAAUCUAUUUUGUCCAGAACGUCAAUUAACAACUUAUUGUGGCUCUCUUUAUUUUGCAGCACCCGAGUUAUUAAAAGCCAAUCCUUACAAUGGCCCUGAAGUUGAUAUCUGGAGUUUGGGUGUGGUAAUUUAUGUGAUGGCAACAGGCUCAGUGCCCUUUGACGACAAGUCCAUGCCUGGUCUUCAUGAUAAAAUCAAACGUGGUCAUGUCACUUAUCCAGCUCAUUUGAGUGAUGAAUGCAAAGACUUAUUGUCUCGUAUUUUUGUCACUGAUCCUGCCAAGCGUAUUAUCAUGACAGAUAUCAUCAACCAUCCUUGGUUAAACAAAGAUGCAGCCCCUAUCAAGAGCCAUAUGCCAGUACGAAAACCCUUGGUAUUACCAUUUGACCCCAAAGUCAUUGAGAGAAUGUCUCAAGGCUUUAAUUUGGGUACAGCAGAAGAAAUUGAAAAGCGACUGACUUUGAUUAUUGAAUCACCAGUAUAUCAUGAUGCCGUCAACCAUAUUGCUACUUUACACUCUCGUAAAUCUCAAUUGCCACCUCUUUCAUAUAACGAAGUUAAUUUUGGUAUUAUAUAUGAUGAUCCUCAAUCUGUACCAGCUGCCUAUCAUCCUUUUAUUUCACUUUAUCAUUUGGCUGCUGAGAAGUUCAUCACAAUGGAGCAGGAAGCACAUCAUCACCGUGUGGCCAUCAAACACAGUCUAUCUCGCAAAUCCUCUGUGGACUCAGUGGGUGGUGGGGACUCAUCUGCUCGUAGUAGUCAAGCUUCACUUGUGGGUGCUGAUGAAGCUGUGGUGCCCAAUGAAAUUGCUCCUAGAUUAUUGACAGAUGUACCAACCAGUCAAACACCCGUUAUGCCUGUUGUUCCUCAAGUGAAGCAAGGUAAUGGUAGCAUGGUGGGUUUCGUAUCUCAACCAGCUGCUAUCGCUUCUGCCAACUACCUCAGUCGAAUUCAGCGCUGGCUUCGAUCUUCUUUGUCUCAGCAUCAUCUUGCUGCACCAGACCAUCUUGCUGCACCAGAAAUACCCAGUUUCCCAAGUCAAUUCUCUGCACCACCAUCUCCACCUCAACUUGUUGAAGACACCAAGCAUGCUGAAGUCGAUACUCAUAUUUAUGUCACUCCUACUGCUACUAUUACUACACCUAAUACUAUCACAACAUUAGCAACCAUGCCUACACCAUCACAAUCCACAGACGAUCGAGAUCAACCUAAUAACUCUCCUAAUGAAAGUUUCCAUAGUGCGCAUAUAGACUCAACAGAGCACACAACACAUCAGCAAAAUGGAGCACCUAACGGUAGUAAAUCACUCUUCCGUAAAUUAUCACAAGCAUUUCUUCGAAAGAAUUCCUCUAGAAGUCUAAACAAAAAGACAAGUAACCUUAGCGCCAAUCAAAGCAACAGUGAUGAUGAAGGCAUCUUUAUUCAACUUGGUGAUCAAGCUCUUUUAAAGACAAAUGAGUCUGUUAAAUCACAAAUAGAUCAAGAAGUGCCUCCUCCAGUACCUCCUAAAGACAUCAAUUACAACAUGUCUCUACGCAACAACAAUGCUAACCAUGUUCAUCCAUUGCCUCCUGGUAUGUCUAUUGCCACUGUUACAUCUCGUCAAACAGCUCAUACGAUUGAUAUCACUAAAAUAAACAACAUCCAUGGUAGUAGCGCUAGUGUUACUACAGGCAACAAUAUACCUACUCCUAUUGCAUCCAAAAUGGCAAAAUACGACGAUAUACCAAUUCCUCCCAUUCCUCGGACCGCAACAGAACAACCUACACCUAGUAUUUCACGAUCUGCAUCAGUGGCUUCUGUUGCAUUUCCUCGACGAAGAGGAUCUGUCUCUAAAAUGGCAGGCAAAAUUGGUUCUUGGUUGAAUAGAUCUGCUUCAGUCAGUCAACCCAGUAGCAGUAAACUUGGAAAUACCAGGGAUGCUUAA